AUGGGUUCGCCCGUCGAUGAGUCGUCGCCGGCGCUCUCGCGGCCAACGCUGCAGGUCCAGAUGCCCUCGUACCGCGAGCCUAGUCCCGACGCUGAGGCCGCUGCCAGAGCGUCCGUAGACCGAGAGCAUCUCGUCCCUGACUCGGCGGCGCCUCUGAGCCCGGCUGAGUCGAGAGAGGCCGCGAACCGGCUGCACGACGACCUGGAACUGCUGCGUGCCGAGCGCGUGGUGUCGACGAACGACCGCAAAGACCGCGACUCGCUCCAUCCCGGGUCGAAGAACCGGCGGAGCCACGAGCACCGCAUCGAAGACGCCUUCAACACGACGAAUCCCCCGCCCGUAACCCCGGCGGUGGCGGCUGUCCCGGUGAAGACGACGUGGCUCACCAAGCUAUGGCUGCUGAUUAAGAAGUUUCCCCGCGUGCUGCGAUACGUCGUCUACGCCAUCCCGCCCGGGAUUCUGAUUUUGAUCCCCGUGUUCCUCGACCUCUUCGCCUACGACCGCAAGGGCGAUCCCGUGGGUGGGCCAGGGGGCGUCCAGCUCAUGUGGUUCGGCAUCUGGCUCGAGGUGGUGUGGCUGACUCUCUGGGCGGCCCGCAUCGCGACGUCCAUCCUACCGCCCAUUGUGGCCUUCGUCGCCGAUACGGUCGGUUCGACGAACCACAAGAAGUGGAAGGACAUUGGGCGGCAGCUGGAGUUCCCGACGGGCAUUUUCCUCUGGCUGCUGGCCGUGCUGGUGUCGUACAAGCCGAUCCUGGACAAGCACCGCGUGCUCGACCCCGAGGACGGCAGCAAGAACCCGCGGCCGUACGUGACGUGGAUCGACGUGGUGUACAAGGUCAUCAUCGCACUGUUCGUGCUCGCGACGCUCAACCUGGUGGAGAAGAUCCUGAUCAAGUGGAUCGCGACGUCGUUCCACCUGCGGACGUACUCGCACCGCAUCCGCGAGAACCAGCUGCACAUCGAGUACCUCGUCGCCCUGUACACGCACGCCAAGACGCAGUUGGAGGGGCAGGACCCGAUCUGGGGCUCGCCGUCGAGCCGGCGGGACUCGGACCAGGCGGCGACACCCCUGAAAAACAUCCAGCACAACGCGCGGCACGUAUGGAGCAAGGUGGGCAACGCGGCGAACCGGGUGGCGGGGGACUUGACCGGGCGCAAGUUCCUCAAGGGCAAUCACCCACGCAAGGUGGUCAACGAGCUGCUGCGCAGCAGCGAGUCGAGCUACACACUGGCGCGGGUGUUUUACCGCACGUUUGUGCGGCCGGGCGAGACGACGAUUACGGGCGAGGACCUGGCGCCGGCGUUCCCCGCGGGGCAGGAGGACGCGGAGGCAUGCUUUGGGGUGUUUGACAAGGACCUGAACGGGGACAUUUCGAUGGAGGAGCUCGAGAUGGUGUGCAACGAGAUCCACCUGGAGAAGAAGGCGAUUGCGGCGUCGCUCAAGGACCUGGACUCGGUGAUCAAGAAGCUGGACGAGGUGUUUGUGUUUAUCAUUGUGGUGAUUGUGAUUAUUGUGUUUAUCAGCAUCAUCUCCAACUCGGCCGCGGCGGCGCUGACGUCGACGGGGACGGUGAUUCUGGGGCUGUCGUGGCUGCUGCAGGCCACGGCGCAGGAGUUCCUCCAGUCCAUCAUUUUUGUGUUCGUCAAACACCCGUUCGACGUCGGCGACCGGGUCCGAAUCUACGGCAGCACGGGCACGACGAUGACGGGCGACGACUACUACGUGCUGGAGGUGUCGCUGCUGUACACCGAGUUCCGCAAGAUGGAAGGCCACGUGGUCCAAGCCCCCAACUCGAUCCUCAACACGCUCUUCAUCCUCAACCAGCGGCGCAGCCAAGGGUUAGCCGACCCGAUCAACCUCAAACUACGAUUCGGCACAUCGGAAGCGCAGAUCGAGGCGCUCAAGGCGCGCAUGCUGCAGUUCUGCCUCGACAACAAGCGCGACUACGCACCCCGCGUCAUCUCCGAAGUCCAGACCAUCGACGAGGUCUGCAGCAUCACCAUGAACAUCAUCUUCUUCCACAAGAGCAACUUCCAAAACGAGCUGCUGCGCCUGAACCGCCACAACCGCUUCGCCGUCGAGCUGAUGCACCAGAUGAAGGACCUCGGUCUCGAAACGCCACAUCUGGUGCAGCCCGGCGGCGCCCAGAACAUGCCGCUGUACUGGAGCCAGGUCCAGCCGCCCCCGGUGUACCAGGCGGCAGCCACCAGCAGCGAUGGCCAGGUACCACCAGCAGCAGCAACAACAGCAGCAGCAGCGACUGGAUCAUCAACCUCAAACCCCGCCAUGGUCCGGAGGCGAGCCACGAGCCGGGCGGCGGCCGCAGUGGUAGAUGCGGGGAUGGAUUUCCAGGAUGUGUUCCAUACCCGACGGCGGGAUAAUAGCAUCUCGCGGCUGCCGUCGAUUAGGCAGGCUGUGAGGGAGGAAGAGGAUGGUGAAGAGGGGGGACGGGAACGGGAGCGGAGCCGACGGCCGGCGAGGGUGGAAGAGGAGAGUGAGAAGGAGGGGUUGGAGAAGAUGGCGAGCCGGGAGAGUGUGGCGACUGCGAGGAGGGGGUGGAGGGCGAGGAGUCGGUCGACGCAGGGGUCUGUUAGUAAUGCUGUGUGA